CUUGACAUUGACAAUUCGUGGCUUUCGAGAACGACGAGCGAAUCAGCGCAAAGCAUGAAUUUCCUUUGAAAAUAUCCAUCAAAAUUGAUUGCGCUUGCCAGAGAUUACAUUCGUAUAGUGUCAAAGGUAAAUAUCGCUCAAGAUAAAAUUAUUGUCGGAAAAAACCGAACGCAGAACGUAGUGAGAUGUUGUAAUAUAAUUUUACAUCGCAAUAGCUUUCGUGUAGAAACGCAGCAUGAAUUUGUUCUUUGGUAGAAAGGAGUGAGUUAUAUAACCUUGAAUCACGGGACUUUAGUAUUGAUCAGUUAAUAAUUUGUUCUUAAAAUAUUUUGUUGUGUAUCGAGCUUAUCAGAUCCGACACUUGUAGUUAGGGGUUGGCCACACAAAAACAAACAUGCAUCGUGCAAAGUUAAUCCUACAGGUCUCCAAAGUUGGCAACAGUGAGAGAUUUGCAUCAUGGCUCCUAAACAAACCACAGGCUGCUGCUGUCACAGUAAACGCCAACAGGCUGAAGAGUUCGACAGCAGCGGAGCCCUUCCUAAAUGGCUCAAGUUCGGCGUACGUUGAGACCAUGUACAACGCAUGGCUCACAGACCCCAACUCCGUACACGCGUCGUGGGAUGCAUUUUUCCGCAAUGCGACAAACGGCGCCCAGCCUGGCGCCGCGUACACACCGCCGCCGAACCUGGCGCCAUACAACAAAAAUGAAGUGCCGCUCACAUCGCUUGUGCCAACUAGCGGCGGGAUGCCUUCCAUUGCAGCAGGGUCCCCAAUCAACGAGAAAAUAAUCGAUGACCAUCUCGCGGUACAAGCUAUCAUCAGAAGUUAUCAGUCUCGAGGCCACCUGGUCGCCCAGCUCGAUCCCUUGGGUAUCUCGACGGGCGACCCAGUGUCGAGUGGUGAUUGGCACGGCGGUAUGCGAGCCUUCGCCAACGAGGCGGUCAUUAGACAGCACGUACGAUUCGAUGAAGCGGACAUGGACAGGGUAUUCAAACUACCCUCAACGACUUUUAUCGGCGAGAAAGAGAAGGCAUUACCCCUAAGGGAGAUCCUGAACCGUUUGGAGGAUGCUUACUGCAACAACAUCGGUAUCGAGUUCAUGUUCAUCAACUCGCUGGAGCAAUGUAACUGGAUCAGGCAGCGCAUGGAGCCCCCCAAUGUCACCAAGAUGAGUCCCGACCAGAAGAGGCUGGUCCUCGCGCGUCUCACCAGAUCCACUGGAUUUGAGAACUUCUUGGCUAAGAAAUGGUCGUCGGAGAAACGUUUCGGUCUGGAGGGCUGCGAGAUCCUCAUCCCGGCGAUGAAGCAGGUCAUCGACGUUUCUACAAAACUCGGUGUCGAGUCCAUCAUCAUGGGCAUGCCGCACAGAGGUCGUUUGAACGUGCUGGCCAAUGUUUGCCGCAAACCUCUCCACCAACUGUUCACACAAUUCGCUGGACUCGAGGCCGAGGACGAUGGUUCAGGUGACGUAAAAUACCACUUGGGUACCUACAUCGAGCGUUUGAACCGCGUCACCAACAAGAACAUCCGGCUGGCGGUGUGCGCCAACCCCUCGCAUCUCGAGGCCGUCGACCCCGUCGUGCAGGGCAAGACCAGGGCUGAGCAGUUCUACCGCGGAGACAAUGAGGGCAAGAAGGUGAUGUCGAUCCUGCUGCACGGCGACGCUGCGUUCGCCGGGCAGGGCGUGGUGUUCGAGACGAUGCACUUGUCGGACCUGCCCGCCUACACCACGCACGGCACCGUGCACAUCGUCGUCAACAACCAGAUCGGCUUCACCACCGACCCGCGACACUCGCGCUCCUCCGCCUACUGUACUGAUGUGGCGCGUGUGGUGAACGCGCCCAUAUUCCACGUGAACGGCGACAACCCUGAGGCGGUGAUGCACGUGUGCAACGUGGCCGCCGAGUGGCGCGCCACCUUCCACAAGGACGUGGUCAUCGACAUCGUGUCGUACCGCCGCAACGGACACAACGAGGUCGACGAGCCCAUGUUCACGCAGCCGCUCAUGUACCAGAAGAUCCGCAAGACCAAGCCAGUACUGGAGAAAUACGCUGACCAGCUGAUUACUGAAGGAGUAGUGACGGCCGAAGAAGUCAAAGACGUCAGGGAGAAAUACGAGAAGAUCUGCGAAGACGCGUACAACCAGGCCAAGCAGGAGACACACAUCAAGUACAAGGACUGGCUCGACUCGCCCUGGUCCGGAUUCUUCGAGGGCAAGGACCCACUUAAGAUGUCCCCAACCGGUGUAGUAGAGGAGACUCUGGUGCACAUCGGCAGACGCUUCUCGUCGCCGCCACCCAACGCGGCCGAGUUUGAGAUCCACAAGGGCUUGCUGCGUAUCCUCAAGUCGCGCAUGGAGAUGGUCGACAACAGGACCGUGGACUGGGCGCUGGCGGAGGCGAUGGCGUUCGGAUCCCUGCUGAAGGAGGGUAUCCACGUGCGCCUCUCCGGAGAGGACGUCGAGCGAGGAACUUUCUCGCACAGACAUCACGUGCUUCACCAUCAGAAGGUGGACAAGGCCACCUACUGCCCCCUCGCGCAUCUGUACCCUGACCAGGCACCUUACACUGUCUGCAACAGCUCACUUUCUGAAUAUGGUGUGCUCGGCUUCGAGGUCGGCUACUCGGUGACGAACCCGAACGCGCUGGUGCUGUGGGAGGCGCAGUUCGGUGACUUCAACAACGUGGCGCAGUGCAUCAUCGACCAGUUCAUCUCGAGCGGGCAGGCCAAGUGGGUGCGCCAGUCCGGCAUCGUGCUGCUGCAGCCACACGGCAUGGAGGGCAUGGGUCCCGAACACUCCUCAGCUCGUUUGGAAAGAUUCCUGCAAAUGUGCUCCGACGAUCCCGACUACAUGCCACCAGAGAGUCCUGACUAUGAAGUCCGUCAGCUGCACGACUGCAACUGGAUCGUCGCGAACUGCUCGACGCCCGCGUCGUACUUCCAUAUCCUGCGGCGACAGAUCGCGCUGCCGUUCCGCAAGCCGCUCAUCAUCAUGACGCCCAAGUCUCUGCUGCGUCAUCCUGAAUGCAAGUCGUCCUUCGACGACAUGAAGGAGGGCACCACUUUCAGAAGGGUGAUCCCCGAAGAGGGUCCCGCAUGUGAGAACCCGCAGAACGUGCGCAAGCUCGCGUUCUGCUCGGGCCGCGUCUACUACGACAUGCUCAAGGAGAGGCGCGACAGGGGACUUGAAAAGGAUAUCGCUAUUUGCAGAUUGGAGCAGAUCUCUCCCUUCCCGUACGAUCAGGUGAAGGCGGAGGUGGCGAAGUACCCGAACGCUCAGCUCGUGUGGAGCCAGGAGGAGCACAAGAACAUGGGCUCGUGGAGCUACAUCGAGCCGCGCUUCCGCACGCUGCUGCAGAACCAGAAGCAAAUCAGUUGCAGGGCAAAGUCCCAAUCUCAAGGGGGUAGUUGGUUAAGCCAACUGUUCGGACGUGACGCGCGACCGCAACAGUCUGUCGAACCAGACACUGAGACAGUACAGCGCACCAUUAGCUACAACGGCCGCGCGACCGCGGCGUCGCCCGCCACCGGCUCCAAGGCGGCGCACAACAAGGAGCUCAAGAAUCUGCUCGACGAGUUCUGCGUCUUAUAAACACGCCAACCCCCAACCACGUGUCAACUCUAAAUCGAAAGUAGUAACGUUCACAUCCGGAAUGGCAUUCACAAAUAGCGCUUCGAACACAGCCCGUCUUUAUUUAUAGAUAAAGCAACGUAUAAGGUAGAUGUUAUUGCGACUGUUUCAUGCCAUUCACGGUUACACUAGGUAACAAUAUAAUAGCAGUUAUAUAUGAGAAAUUAUAUGCCAUAUGUUAUAUCAAAUUCGCCAUUAUAUAUUAAUAUACACGAAGUAAUGCCAUAUGAAGGUAGUAGAAAAAUAAUAAAAAUAAUACCGAAACGAAAACCAUGUUUGAAUACAUUUAUUACUUUCGUCGAUCGAAUGAAGCUUCGCAACGCAUUGUUGGUCGUUGUUGUCAGUAUUGUGUUGUUACUAACGGCGCCACUAGGUAAGUUAGUUAGAUAAAUUCUUAUUUAUUUAUUUAAACGUAGUUUAAUCUGUGGCCUGUCAUCUAAAUUCAGUGUUAUUUAUUAUGUUUUUAAUGUAAUUUAGUCUCAUUUAGUCUCCACUUUUAAGGCCUCAUAUGAUAUUAUGUAACUGCGGUAAUCUAGUGUAAAUAAAACUAUAUAAUUCAUUAUUAAAUAGAUAAUGCAACUGGCUUAUAUUUGUGUAUAUCAUUUGAAGAUUUACUAGUCUGAAGUUAACUUAAAAUAAUUAUACGCACUCUGACUAUCGCUUGUCUAAACAAAUUAGACUAAGGUAAAGUCUUGGUAGAGUCGAAAUAUAACCAACAUUCUUGUUUAUUGUACCUCAUUUAUAUAACGAUAAUUUGCAUGUAAUAAAUGCACAAUCUCCUAUACUAAAUUAGUAUUCAGAUAUUUAUAGUGUAGAAUAAACAUCAGCGUUUCUCUAUUGUGAAAAUUAGUGCGUAGCUAUUGAGGGGCUUUUUGGAAAACAUUCGACCUCUAAAUUUAGAUUUAAUUAUCUCGUAGUUACCUUUGUUACCAACAGCAAUUGUAAGGAGUAACACCAACACGCUUUGUACAAAUCUAUGCGUACUAUACUUAUCUGUGUUAACAAUCAGAUUAUAUCGUCUAUAUGUGUAUUAAAUUAUCGAUAACUGUUUCAAUCAUUCGACGUAGAAAUUAUAAACGUAUGAAACUAAGUUUCGUAUGUAUUCGAAAUAUUAGUGUCGAUUGUCAGUGAAAUAAUAUUGUAAUGUUUAGUAUAGCUUUUAACACAUUUGCAUGUAUUUAAUGCACUAUUGUACACGUAUAGUUAUUUCAUGUUUUGACAUUGUAGAGUAUUUCUAAAUCACGCUCAGGCCGUCUGGAGAUUUGUAUGCAAAGUUGGAUGAUAGGUCUGGAUCUGUGAGGAGCAACCUGAGCAGUUUAUUGCUGUUAGCAACUUAUUUUUAAAAUAAAUUUAAUUUUAAUAUC